AAGCUCAAGACGAUCUUCAAUCUUCUCAAGAAGCCAUAUUGUGCAAUACAAAAACACGAUGGCGAACAAAAGCGUCAUCGCGAUCGUUACUUUGAGCAUUAUUAGUUUCCACUUAGCGUUUGCGGACAAUCCCUGUCUGAAAGGGCCACCAGUACCGAAGAAUGCAGCCGAAUGUUGCGUAACGCCCUUUCUCGUUGAACCAAGCACUUUUAUGGCUUGCCAUUCGAAGUGGAUCGGUCAAACUAAACGGCAGAUGGCGCUAGAAGGCACUCCACGUGGUUGUUGCGUAGCGGAGUGUGUAAUGAACUCCACGAAUCUUUACUCCGGUGGGAAAAUUGAUCGUGAUGCACUGACCAAGCUGUACCUGGGUUCAACCAAAACGAUGGCUCCCGAAUGGAAGCAAAUCACGCUGGACGCGAUCGAUGGAUGCUUCAAGAUGGCGGACAAGAUGAAGGAUGAAAUUGCGGCUGGUGCGAAGCUAACGCCUGCCUUUGAAGGUGAACAGAUCUGCCAUCCUAUCUCUGGUACGCUAUUGGCCUGCAUGGGUAUGACGCUGUUUGCGGAGUGUCCUGCUAAAUUGUUCACCGUGAACGAUGAUUGUAACAAACUGAAGACAUAUCAUAGCAAGUGUCCAUUCUUGUAGACGACUCUGCCGAUGACGAAAGAGGAUUUGAGUUUGACUAUGGUAACUUUUUAAAUAAACUUCGCACCAAUGCACUAUGGCAAA